UAUCCUUUCACAUUUAGAAGUAAUCUUUUUAUUAAUAUCAAAAAAUAUAACAAUUUGGUGCCUCAUAUUCAAACAAAAAGCACAAUAUAAACUAAAAAUCACAUCUUUUCAGUUGAGAUCAGAUCAUCAUGGAAGAGAAGAUCAAUGUAAGGUUGCAUGGAUCAUGGGCAAGCAUAUACUCAAAAAGGGUAGAAUAUGCCCUUAAAGUUAAGGGUAUACCUUAUGAGUAUAUAGAAGAGGAUCUUAAAGACAAGAGCCAAGCCUUGUUAGAGUAUAACCCUGUUCAUAAAAAAGUUCCUAUUUUAGUACACAAUGGAAAACCUCUUGCUGAAUCCCUGGUCAUUCUCGAGUACAUCGACGAAGUUUGGCCAACUCACACGCCUAGGCUGUUGCCCGAUGAUCCUUAUGAUCGGGCAAGAGUCCUAUUCUGGGCGAAUUUACUCACUCACCAGCUGCCAGAAAUCGCGAAGAAAGUAUUUUUUUGCAGCGGAGAAGCACAAGAAGAAGCCCUAAAAGAAAUGCAUGAGAAAUUGAGCUUAAUAGAGCAUGAAAUGGUGGAUCUCAUUCCAAAAGAUGUGUCAUAUAUCAAAAAAGAGACAUUAGGAAUACUAGACCUUCAAAUUGUCACUCUAUUUGCUGCACAUAAAGCUCAAGAAGAAGUGCUUGGAAAGGCGCUUAUAGACCCUGAAAAACACAAAUUGAUAUAUAAUUGGGUUAACGCUGUUAAGGAACUGCCUUUUAUCAAAGAGACUAUUCCUCCACAUGAGACAUUGGUGGCUGCUCUUAGAAAUUGGUCUGCAUAAGAGUUUUCGAGUUUUGAAGCUUGUUUUAAUGGUGUGAUCUUUGAUAUGUGAAUUUAGUAAACUUAUACUACUCUGUUCUUUGAGUGUGUUCAAAACCGGAUACCAAGUCGACCUGUAUAUUUAAAAAUGCAAUCUGGUUUUGACUUGGAUUAAACCGGGUACCUUAUCCGGUUUGUGAAAAUCGGACAAAUUAUCCAGAUUUGAAAACUGAUAAACCGGAUCGGAUAUUUCGGAUCGGGUUUAAUGCACACCUCUGGUCAAAAUACUCCUACGUAAAUUACCAAAUGUAGCGAAUUUUGAGAAACGGGGAAUAUGUUUUGAAGUAUGGAUUGGGACAUGUGUAGUUCAAAAUAAUUAAUUUGUGGCACUAUGAAUUGUGAUUUGUGGAGAGUAACAUAUGUAUACAUCAUUUUGAGUGUUUUUUCUAUGAAUUCGUUUGUAUUUGAGUGUUUAUUUAUGUAUACAGGGUGUUUGGU